CAAAAUAAAAUCUUCUUUCUCGCGUUUCACUUAUGUGAGAUUCCAGGCAGCAGCGCGCCGCCUCGCGUCGUUCGCCGGCACUGAAGCGAUAAGUGGCUGUCUUGGCGGAGCGAAAAGCUGGGCAAGGGGGAUCCAUCUUGACCGCAAAACGGAGGAAAAAUACGCUAAAGACCAACAAAGGGGAGACGAAAGCAACGGCCUCCCCGUUGAAGUACCUCCCCAUCCUCGCCUCGUCGACGGCGCCGUGGGGGAGCCCCGGGAAGGGCUUGCUUUGGGGCCGCUUGUAGGAUGUCCCGUCAUGAGGGUGUGAGCUGCGAUGCUUGUUUGAAGGGAAACUUCCGGGGCAGACGCUUCAAGUGUCUCAUCUGCUACGACUACGACCUGUGCGCGUCGUGCUACGAGAGCGGCGCAACCACGACACGACAUACCACGGAGCACCCCAUGCAGUGUAUAUUAACCAGGGUAGACUAUGAUUUAUUUUAUGGCAACGACACCUUCUCGCUGGAGCAGCACCAGGCGUUCACGUGUCCUUACUGUGGCAAGAUGGGCUUCACGGAGACGUCCUUGCAGGAACACGUCACCGCUGAGCACCCUGAGACCUCCACCGAGGUGAUCUGUCCAAUAUGUGCCGCCUUGCCCGGGGGGGAUCCCAACCACGUCACAGACGACUUCACAGCCCACCUCACUCUCGAGCACAGAGCACCUAGAGAUUUGGACGAGUCGAGCAGCGUCCGGCACGUGCGGCGGAUGUUCCAUCCCGGGCGGGGACUGGGGGGCCCCCGAGCGCGACGCACCAACAUGCACUUUACCGGCGGCUCCGGGGGCGCUCUGUCUUCGUCCACGUCGUCAUCGCAGAGCUCCACCUACACGCCCAGCAACAGGGAGGCCAUGGACCCCAUCGCAGAGUUGUUGUCACAGCUGUCCGGGGUGCGGCGCGCAGCGGGCGGCCAAAUCAAUUCAUCGGGGCCUUCGGCGUCACAGCUGCAGCAGCUCCAGAUGCAGCUGCAGCUAGAGCGGCAGCAGGCGCAGGCGGCACGCCAGCAGGUGGAGACAGGCCGUCACGCCGCCCGACGUGGCAACAACCCGGCCAACGCCGCCGGCUCGGCCGCCGCCGCCAUCCCGCCGCCCAGCGCGGCCCCCACUAGCACGGCCGCUCCGGCCGAAAGCAACCCCUCAACGUCAUCCCACAAUUCCCAGUUUCUAUUAGCACGGCUGAACGAGUCCAAGUUGUCGGAGGUGGAGCGCCAGCUGGCGGAGGGCGAACGCGCCGACCGCAGCCUGUUCGUGCAGGAGCUGCUGCUGUCCACGCUCAUGCGUGACGAGAGUUCGUCGUCCGACGAGGACGAGCGGCGGGACUUCGCCGACUUCGGCGCCAUGGGUUGCGUUGACGUGAUGCCCCUUGAUGUGGCGUUGGAGCACCUGCAGCUCCGCGAGAGAGCUUCCGCCUCCAAGGAGCCGCCGCCGCCUCUUUGAUGUCCAGGCAGUGUACAGACUCUGUCCCAACUGCUGCAGUUGUCAGUGAUGGACACCUCUCGCUCCCCCCAAGAAGCCCCACCUCCCAUUCAAAAAAAUUUUUAUUUUUUUUUUUGGGUGAUUGUAUUGUCAGGCGAUGUUUUUUGUUUUUUUUCCGUUUUGUUUUUACAUGUACGCAAAACUCUAAGAAGCAUCGUAGAUGACAUGAGACAAUUUAAUUGUCAUGAUAUAUGAAUAUAACGUGCACAAAAUGCUUUUUUGUGGUCACAAAAUACGAAAUUGUGGCCCCAAUAUGGACAUAAUUGCAGGGAAAUACUUAAAUUUGUGGCCAGAAAAUUGGUAUUUUCCACACAAAGUGCGUAUUUUUGGCCGCAAAAUGUUUAUUUGUGGCUAUGAAAUGGUUAUGUGUGUGAAACACUAAGUUGUUGCCAGGAAACCAUGAUAAUGUCUGCCCAAAAUACUAAUUUGUGGAAACAAAAUACUCAUAACAUGCGUCUAAAAUGCUCAUUUGUGGUACAAUAGGUACAAUGCCGUGAAAAAGUAUUUGCCCCCCCCUCCUGAUUUCUGUUUUAUUGGAUAUCACAAAGGUUUGAAAUUAUCAAACCAAUUUUAAUAUUGCUCACAGACAACCCAAGGAAAUAUGAAAUUCAGUUUUUAAAUGACAGUUCAAUUUAUGAAGGCACAAAAAAAUCCAAAACUUUCCGACCCUUUGUGAAAAAGUAAUUGCCCCCUGAACCUAAUAACGGGUUGUGUCACCAUUAGCAGCAAUAACGGGAUCAACCGUUUGCCAUCUUCGGUGAGGAGUCUUUCAGAUUGCUCUGGAGGAAUUUUGUCCCGCUCUUUGCAGAAUUGUUUUAAUGUCACCAUAUUGGACGGUUUUCUCGCAUGAAAUGCCUGUUUAAUGUCACACCACAGCAUCACAGUUGGAUUUAAAUGCAGACUGACUUGGCCACUCUAAAAUCUGUGUCUUUUUUUUUUUUUUUUUUUUUUUACCCAUUCAGAGGUGGACUUGCUGGUGUGUUUCAGAUCGUUGUCUUGGUGCAUGAUACGAGAGCCCUUGAGUUAGAGGGCACGAACCGAUGGCCGGACGUUCUUCAGGAUUUUGCGGUGCACAGCAGAAUUCAUUGUUUCUUCAAUCACAGCAAGUUGUCCCGGUCCUGAGGUAGGAAAGCAGCCCCAGACCAUCACCCUGCCACCACCAUUCUUCACUGUUCGACCAUUCUUGGCUGACAGCAGUGGUUUACGCCUGGGAACUCUCCCAUGGAUGCCAUUUUUGGCCAGUGUCUUUCUUAUGGUAGGGUCAUGAACAAUGACCUUAACUGAGACCAGCGAGCUCUUCUCUGUUCGAGGUUCUUUUGUGACGUGGGUGAGUGGCUGUCACACUCUUGGUCGUCCAUUCCUGGGAGACUUUGCCAUAUUUCCUAGUUUUCUCCAUUUGUGGAUUCCCACUUUGUGGAAAAUGGCUCUGACGGUAGUUCGCUGGAGCCCCAAACCCUCGAAAAUGGUUGUAACCUUUUCCAGACUGAUUGAUCACUUUUUUUUUUUCAUUUCUUCUUGAAUUUCUUUGGAUUGUGGCAUGAUGCAUUUGUUCUCGAGAUCUUGUAGCCUACUUCACGUUCUCUGAGGGAUUCUAUUAGUGAUUUCUUGUUUCAACAAGUAUGGCCGUAAUCAGGGUUGCAUGUGGGUCGUGAAAAUGAACCCAGCUUUCCCAAAUUUGAGGUCAGUCACAGUGACAUUGUGAGGAUGGGCAAUUACUUUUUCACAAAGGGUGUGAAAUGUUGGGAUUUCUUUUUUGGUGCCUUCAAUUGAAUUGUCAUUUGAAAACUGCAUUUUCUAUUUCCUUGGGUUGUGUCUGAGUGAUAUUAAAAUUGGUUUGAUUUGAAACCUUCGUGUGUGAUAUGAAAAAAAAAAACUGAAAUCAGAAUGGUGGCAAAUACAUUUUUAGGGGACUGAAUAAUGUGCUUACGAAAAACCAAUUCUUGCUCGCAGAAAGUGUGCACAAAAUGCAAAUUUGCGAUCACGAAAUAGGUAUGUCAUUUACGCAAAAUACGAGAAACGAGAUACGUGAAAUGGGUAUAACAUACUAGUCCCCUUCAAAAGUAUGAAAGUAUAUGGUAAGGUCAAUUAGUUUGUUGUAUACUGAAGACAUUUGUGUUUCAGAUCAAUGUGAGAGAAAACAUAAAAAUUCCAGCUUUUUCUAAUUUUUAAACUGGAGGGCACGCCAGUUAUGUAAAAGUUUUUCCAGGCCACUAAUCAGUUGUUUUGUUUCUUGGCCUUUCUCUGUUCAGUCUCCUUUUGAGGAGGUAAAAUGCAUACUCUAUUGGGUUAAGGUACCCAAAGGUCCCAAAGCCAAAUAAGCGUCUUCAGUAUAGAACAAAAACAAAGCAGUUGACCUUCCCCUUCCAAUAUUUUGGGAUGGACAUAGAAAGUUGUGAUCCUGAAAGAGUUGUAACGUGUGCGCAAAAUAAUUUGUAGCAACCAAGUUGUUAUAAACAGGCAUAUUAAUUCUUGGGUUUACAAUAGGAGUAACUCAUCUUUUUAAAACUGAACCGCUUCUGUGGUAAUCUGGUGAUUAAUGCAAAGGGCUACCAAUUCAAAACACGCAUGUUGCUCAAUUGAACUUUAAUAUUGUGAUUUCUCACAAUUGUCAGCAAUGAAAGGAAACAAAUAUCAGUAUGCAGUACUUUAGCUCCAUAAAUCUGCACGUGGUUACAAUUUUCUGACAAUCACUUUCACAAUAUGCCUAAGAAUAGCAAAAUUCAUCUACUACUUUACACUUUAGACAAGGCGUGCUCACGUUUUCUAACUCAUCUGUCAAGUAGUGCCGCAGGUACUUCGUGGUCAUAUGUUAACAUUUUGUUUGCACGUUAAAUCUAUAAUGGUGGCCCUAUUUUCACCCCCCCCUGCCCAACACACACUCCCCCCUGCCAAAGUAAUUAAUGUCUGUCUCUAAAACUACACCAGAGUUGGGGGCAGAACAGAGUGACGGCGUGAUCGAGCGGGCGCACAGGAAUAUAUCUAAUUAUAUGAAGAUGAUAAUCAUACAUUUCCCCCACCCUCCCCAUCUAUGAAAAUGCUCGACACCCACCAACCGUCCCAACCCGUUGGGACGCAGCCCCAAACCCUCACUGCCCUCACCCCUUGACACCUCCCUCCCUUCCACCGCCCCACGCUUAUAAAUAGCCCUCCACCCACUUUUGACAAGAUCAGAGGACGCGGGGGCCCCCUCUACCCAAGCUGCUGUGUGUUUCAGACUUAUCAAUAAAAACAAGUGUUCGGAUGGGUUAACGUAAUAGCUACUGCAUGCGGUUCUUUGCGGCGUGCAUGACUUUUAAUCAUUCCAAAAAAGACACAAAAAAAAAAUCCAAAAGCUGACAUGUUGACUAGCUAAUGCUGGUUAGCUUUCCGCAGAUGCCUCUAAAAUACGAAGAAUGCGCUUCUUUCUUUUUUUUUUUUUUUUUUUUUUUUUUUUUUUUUGUUCAUGAAGAAAAGCCGCGUCUGAAUACGCACAUUGGAAGGAACUGUUACAAUUUUUAGUGAGUAGACGCCGUGUACAGUAAUCCAUACACGAGUGAUUGUGUCUGUCCACUUUUUUUGUUUUUUCCCUGGGUUGUGUUUUUCAGAGAGGGGACAUUCUAUUUUCUGCUAAGGCUAGCUAGCACUUUGUAUUUAUUCAUGUCUUGUUUCAGAGCCUUGACGAAUCUCGCCGCCUUUGCGCCUUCUUCCACGUUGACCCUCCAAAGUACAAUGCAAGAUGUAUAUCGAAUUUGUGGCUUUAAGAAUGGUUCAAAGACAGGAGCGGACGUUUCUUUUUAUGACAAAAUGUACAUUUAGCGUACAAUAAAUCCAAAACUGCACAGCUUUUGAUGAAGCCAAGGGUUGACACUAUGUUGCACCUCUAUGCGUCGAAAUUAAGCCGAUGCGUAGUGUACAAAGGUGUCUUGAGUCCCAGAUUCAAAAGAAAUAUUAGAAAGUGAUGACAAAGAUUUGUAAAUUAUGAAGAAAAGCAGUCAUAUUUCAAGAAUGUGAAGAUGGGUUGUGACAUUGCAAGAAAAAUAUUUACCGUAAGACAGUGGUGUCAUGAGAUACAAUUGACCUGACUUCGUUUUUCGAAAUACGAGCCAUCAUUUGGAUGAUUUUUUUUUUAGGUGGGUGGGUGGUUUUGCUUUGAUUUGCAAGCUCAACACUUGAUAUAGUCGUAUGGUAGCAGUAAUUCAACUCUAUAAUAAACAGGACUUGGGCAAACAGUGAAAAGUUCUUCAAAAAAAAAAAAACAGAAAGAGGCUUCAAGCUGUUUAAUGCCACGUUAAGAGUAACACUUAUAUUUAAAACAGAUUUGUUUUUGGACGUUGUGCUUAUCUUAAUGCAAAUGAGCAAUGCGAAAUGCUAUUGGUAUGCUAACAUUUCAUACCUAUGCUCAGUUUUAGAAGCAAUGGAUAUUUGAACAUAAAUGCUGUAGCAACACAAUUAGACAACAAUACCCACUGAAAUCUACAUAUCCUCUGAAAAAAUACCGUCGUAGCAUCUUACUAAGAAUUUAUAUCCUGUACUCUAUAUACAGCAUUAUACCCCCUCCUGGUGGCCAAGGCAGAUCACACCAGAAGGAACAUUUAUUCUUUUAUAUUUAUUAUUACUCGGUUUUUAUAAAGUGGAUUAAGGGGUGCAUUUUUUCC